UCGACGGCAUUCAAAAUAGUCGAGGAGGAGAAAUAUCUCGAGUAUCCCCAGAUAUUUGUUAAAAUCCUGGAUGAGACGCUAGUCAUUUUGGACACAGAAUGUGGAGGUGCGGCGCAAGAUCUGGAUGUGACCGUGACCUCUUUACGAGAAUAUUUGGAGACCGUCCCCGUCGGAGAUAAUGGAAAGGAGCCGUUGAACCCAAUUGCCAGACUGAGUUAUAUGGUAGUGUGCACGCACUGUCACUUCGACCAUAUCGGGGGGAUCGAACAAUUUCGUGAUCAUCCCAAAUCGUCAAUCUGCGCCAGUUCCUACGACCGCUCGUUUCUUUCUCCUGCGAACCUGCCUACGAUUUCACUAUGCAGGAACCUCGGAAUCAGGACACCAUCGUAUAAAGUGUCGCAUUGGUUAGACGACGGCCAAUUCCUCCAGUACAAGUCCAACUCCCUUCCGCUUCGGGUAUUCCAUACUCCAGGUCACACCCCGGACGAGCUAGCGAUUUGGGACUCAGACGAGCGCGUGCUGUUCGUCGGCGACUCAUUAUAUGAAUGGGUUCCGAUUAUCUUUCCCUCGCAAGGGAAUAUAGUCCUCUUCAGUGACUCGAUUGGUAGGAUGAAGCAGCUCGUUGCGGAGUGGAAUGCAGAUGAGUCGAGCUCCAGAGUCAAAAUUGCAUGCAGGCAUGUUACCUAUGACGCGGACGGAGAGCAGAUACUAAGCGACGUAGAGGAGUUCUUGUGGCUUGUGGUUACUGGCGCCGUAAAACCGAAGCAGUCGGAAGAGUCCAGAGGCGAUAUCUUGGACCUGUAUGAGGGAGACGAUGGGAAGUACUCGAUAAGGUGCCCUCACAGACUGGUGCUCGAUUUCCGUGUAGAUGAAGAGGCAAUGACGAAGCUGAAGCAACGAAAUGGUCUCAUUCCAUAA